AUAUACGGAUCGCGGUAGCCACGGAAAUUUAUAAAACGAAACUUGGUUCUUCGAGUCGACGAGCUUCGUACUAUUAUAUUCUAAUUGAAGACUGCGAAAUCCUUCAUUACAACCCGUGGAUUAAAAUCUGGCUCAGUCGUGGAACGAAACACUAUAUUGAAGUAUACUUACUACCUAUUCAACAUGCCGGGAAUAGACUUGGACGGCAACCAUUCAAAUGGCCACACGAAUGGCCGCACGAAUGGCCAUACCAACGGAAUUGCAAAGAGUUUCAAGAACCCGUCACUGCAAGUUACCGAGGAUCAUCAGCUAAAGUUGGUUGAUGCUCCUAUCGAGGAACCCGGUGUCGGAGAAGUAACUUUGCAGAUCAAAUGCUCAGGUAUCUGCGGAUCGGAUAUGCACCUUUGGAAAUCGGGGCGCAUUGGAUCUCUUGAAGUUAAGGGCGAUUGCAUCUUAGGACAUGAAGCUGCUGGUAUUGUGCUUAAGUGCGGAGAGGGAGUGACCAAUCUCAAACCAGGAGAUAGAGUGGGAGUUGAGCCCCAAGAACCCUGCGAAAAAUGCUUUCUGUGCAUGGAAGGCCGGUACAACCUUUGUGAGGACGUCAAAUUUUCGGGAAUAUGGCCCUACAAUGGAACCAUCCAGAGAUUCAAGGUUCACCCAGCAAAGUGGCUGUACAAGAUCCCAGACAAUUUAAGUUAUUCCGAGGGUGCACUGCUUGAACCAUUAAGUGUAAUACUCCACGGCAUCAACGGAGCUAAUGUGAAGCUGGGUCGCCCGACGUUAGUUUGCGGCGCAGGUCCAAUUGGGCUCGUUGCUUUAGCUGCUGCGAGGGCAUCUGGUGCUCACCCACUAGUCAUUACAGAUAUUGACCCAAAGCGUCUCGAGUUCGCUAGGGAGUUCGUCCCACGUUGUCAAACAUACCAAAUUAAUUCAAAGUUGAGCGCCGAGGAAAACGCUAGAGAGAUCCGAAAGCUAUACGGCGAGGAUGAAUAUUCGGCCCCAGCAUCAGUAAUGGAGUGUACUGGUGUUGAGAGCAGCGUCUGCACAGCUGCCUUCUCUGUUCGCAGAGGAGGAACACUGAUGGUGAUUGGGGUGGGAAAGCCGGUCAUGAAUAAUAUUCCUUUUAUGCACUUAUCCCUUGCUGAGAUUGAUCUCAAGUUUAUCAACCGAUAUCGGGACACCUGGCCGGCCGCUAUACAAUGUAUGAGCGGUGGCAUACUUGACCUCAAUAAAUUGGUCACACAUAAGUUCCCGCUCGAGAAGGCCCUCGAUGCGUUUGAACUAAACGCCACUACUGGUAACGGCAGCAUUAAGGUCCAUAUUGUCGAUGAUUUUGAAGCGUCGUUAUAAGCUGGAAAAGCAAGCCGAAUAUGAAAUUUCUUGUACAUAAGUUCGAUAUAAUUGUUAUAAAAGACUUGCGAAGAGUAACAAGUAUUAGAUGUCCUAUCGUUAAUAAUUACUCGACCUUCAUGCGCCAUGGCCUAAGGUCCGAGGAUCUUGGUACGGCUAUGCAGAAGCAGAGGUUGGCGAGUGCUAAGUUCCGAGGCGGGACGCGAACUCUUCGCCGAUAGGAAUUCAAGGGACGCUGCAUAAUCGGACAUAUCUCCGUGCUAAAGCGAAAUAAUAUCUGGAACAGCCACACUCGUAUCCGCCGUGCGAGUGUUCGUGUAAUGUUGG